CAUCAUUGUUAGCUGGAACCCUCUUCAACCCUCUUUCCCAUUCUAAACAGACUUGUGUUGUGAAUUGUGAUGCUAUUAGAAUUCUACUCCUUGAACAAAACACAAACUUGUAAUAAACUUCAAAAUAAAUUAAUUAAUCCAUCGUUUUGCUCUUCCCUAUUCCUACCAUUCCCUGUACUCUUCUAGAUUCCUCUUCUCGUCUAAACUAUGGUCUCUCCGUCGUAAUUAUAAAUCCCCGUAAUCAAGAUUCUUACUUGACUAAAACUCAGAGCACCUCACCAAAUUCCCGAGGUUGGUCCGAAGUGGGGGUUUCUUAAAUACCUUCUGUACACCAUUUUUCCCUCUGUUUCUUGAACUCAGAGUUAAUGUCAAUCAUGGUUCCUACAUUAAUUUCCGGCCGAAACCCAUUAUUUCUAAUCGAUCCAGGUACACGAUACCCUUUACAGAAUCAUAGUUUAUUGCCUCUGAAAUCAAGAAUUCAUUGUUCUCAGCAGCGGAACCCCAAGAACGCUAUGAAGGAGUACAGAAGGCCCAGAACCCCUAUAUUGAAACCUGUUAUCAUCAGCCCAGAUGAAGAGAUGUCUAUUAUCAGAAAUGAAUCUGGAAAAAGUGUCGUGUUUGGGGGAAAGAAUGGGUUUUUAGAAGUAGGCAAUAAGGAUAUGAUGGUUUUGUGUGGGCUUGGUUACUACGUGAAUGGGUUCAGGGGGUUUCCAUGGCUGGCGCUGAAUUUCCACAUGGCCCACAAUCUUAACAUGCAUCCAUCCACAUUGCAGCUUGUGCAGAAUUCUGGUAAUUUGCCUAUGGUUGCAAAGCCUUUAUAUGGGAUAUUGUCUGAUGCUCUCUACAUUGGUGGUGCUCAUAGGAUACCUUACGUUUCCAUUGGAGUCCUUUUACAGGCUCUAUCAUGGGGAUCAUUGGCAUUAAUCCCGAUAGCAAGUGAAGCUCGUCCAGCUCUCAUGGCAUGUGUUCUUUUGAGUAAUCUCGGGGCAUCGAUUGCAGAAGUUGCAAAGGAUGCCCUCGUUGCUGAGUAUGGCCAGAAGAACAAAGUGCCUGGCCUCCAGUCUUAUGCGUAUAUGGCCUCAGCUAUAGGUGGGGUUCUUGGAAAUUUACUAGGUGGAUUUUUCUUACUCAAAACACAACAGACGAAAUCAAUGUUCCUAGCCUUUGCAGCUAUGCUCGCGCUUCAACUCACAGUAUCUUUAAAAACGAGAGAGGAUUCCCUUGGUUUAUCUCAACCAUCAACUUACCCUCUUGUGAGGGAAUCGAUUCCAACAAGCAUCAAGAAACAAUACUCUGACCUUAUGGCAGUGAUCAAAGAAGAGAGCGUAUCACGCCCUCUAUUUUGGGUCGUGUCAUCGAUUUUAGCAAUCCCAAUUUUGUCAGGUUCAAUCUUUUGCUACCAGACUCAGUGCCUGAAUCUUGAUCCAUCAGUUAUCGGAAUGUCAAAGGUGACUGGACAACUGAUGCUUCUUUCAUUGACUGUACUCUAUGAUCGGUUCUGGAAGAAUAUUCCUUUGAGAAAGUUGGCCAGCAUUGCACAGAUGUCAUAUGCAUUUGCGCUUCUUCUUGAUCUUGUCCUGGUUAAACAGUUAAACAUCCAACUUGGAAUCCCAAACGAGGUAUUUGCUCUAUGUUUCUCCGGGUUGGCAGAAACCAUUGCACAAUUUAAGCUCUUGCCAUUCUGCGUGCUGUUUGCAAGCUUAGCUCCACGGGGCUGUGAAGGAUCGUUAAUGUCUUUCUUGGGUUCUGCCUUGUGUUUAUCGUCCAUAUUCAGUGGGUUCUUAGGCGUCGGUCUGGCUUCGUUUCUUGGUAUAACAUCUGGCAAUUACUCAAGUCUACCUUUGGGAAUCAUGAUACAGUUUUUCACAGCUUUGUUACCUCUCCACUGGAUCGAUUACGUGCCUAUGUCGCAAGUUGUGCCUGAAAAGGCUGUGAAGAAAGGUAGAAGUAAACGAACAAGAAGAUAUAGGAGAGUGGGACGGGUUUUAUUUGAUUCUGUAUAUUCCUAUCGUCGAGAAAGAGAAUCUGAUCUGCGCUGGUGAAAUACUCCAAUGGAAGAAUCUGAUCUGCGCUGGUGAAAUACUCCAAUGGAACAUUGAGAUUGCGCAAAAACAACUAACUUAGAAUUCGAGACAGAAAAUUCAAUUCGUGUCUGCGGGUGAUAGGCUGCAUGCAUAAAGGCGAGAUAAGAGUCACUUGACCAUGGGGGAUUCCAAUGCUUUUGUGAACCAUUUUGGAGAUUUUCACAUGGUUUGAUUCUACACUGAGUUUGAUGGAGAUACAAUCAAGAUUGAUAGACUGAACGAGAUUAGAAGUAAAGCGGAUGGCACAAUGGAUCGAUCAUUCGAGUUUCUUUCUUUCCUUUUUCUUUUUUCUUUUUUAAAUGAUUCUGAUAUAAAGUUAGAAUGGUAGUGAAAAGACUAUUGCAUAGUUCAGUUGCAACUGUAUAUAAUCCAUCUUGAGGACUGCA